AUGCAGUUCUUCACCACCAUUGUCGCCCUCGCUGGCGCUGCUGCCGCCCUGCCUGCUGUCAGCGUGGCACCACUGAGCGCUCUUGAGCAACGCCAGCUGCCCAUCUGCAGCGGUCUUACUGGCUCGGCACAGUGCUGUGCCACCGAUGUGCUCGACCUCGCUGACCUUGACUGCGCUACCCCACCUGAUGCCGUCACAACCACCGAGGAGUUCGUUGCCAGCUGCUCUGCGAUCGGCCAGCAAGCUCGUUGCUGCGCAAUCCCGAUUCUCGGCCAGGCCUUGAUCUGCAGCGAUCCCGUUGGCUUCCCAGGCAAGCAGUAA